AUGUGCUUCUUCGACGCCCCCGUGGUCUUCGCGCAUGAGCACUACUAUGUUAAGCAAUUCUACAGCGAUGCUGGCUGCAACACCUAUACCUCAGACACGGGGUGGAAGAUCCCGCUCUACAGUGAGAGUUGUUACUCAUGGACGAACCCCAUGAAUGGAGACACCGUCUACGGCAUGGUCAUUUGUGAGGAUGGCUUCACCCAGGCGUACAUCGCCAAUGACGCGCAGUGCACGGCCUUGUCAGAUACCAAGGACACCUAUGGAGGCGGCGGUCAACAACAGCAAGACAUCGCGUCAGUGGAGCUGAACACGUGCAUCUCCAACCCGUCUGCGGACAGCCCGACCGCCAGCGACGCCUACUACAUGAAUGUCGUCAAUUCCACCCUAUGUGUAACGCCUACGACCACCACAACCACAACAACCACCACAACCACGACAACUACAACAACCACCACAACCACCACAACUACAACAACCACCACAAUCACCACAACCACCACAACCUCAGACGGGAGCGGAUCCCAAGGAGACGCAACCACCCCAACUACAAGUGAUAGCGGAUCCGCAGGAAACGCCAGCACCACAACCACAAGUGCUAGCGGACUGACAUCAGGAGCUUCAGGCAUGAACCACGGCAUCGUCUUCGUUGUUCAUCUUCAUCGCCAGCGCACAUCUCAUCUGAGCCGAAUGAGCCGGACAGUUUUUGCUCACCCCCUCCCUCCCCCAGAACCUUCCCAACCCCCUUAG